UGGACCGGAGUUGGAGACCCCUGUUCUAGAGGUUCCUCUGACUUUCCAAGUCGGAACUCCAACCUCAGGGGGCGUUCCAUUUGAAAUUUUGACUAGGAACUCGGAAAUUUUUACUUCCAACUUCAAAUAGAAUGCAACAAUAAUGCUCACUCUCUGUUCAUGGUGAUUAGUGGCUUGCAGCUGCCGCUAUGCAGAAGGUUCCUGGAUGACUGUUGAAUUACACUUAUAGGAGCUUGAAUAUUUGCCUAAGCAGAGACCUAUUCCUGAGUUAGCAUGUUACUAACAUAAUGAGCAGUUUUUGUUAUAUAUAAAAUAUGAUGUAUUUAACAGACUCCAAACCCUCCUAGACGGUCUCACGUCACGUUUUCUGCAACACUCCUGCUGUGAGGUAAUAUUUGUAUUUUUCUGAACUGGAUUCUGCCUUACCCUUUUUCCAAAGAGGCUAAAGCAUGUUGAAGAGAUUACGGAGUUCUGUUUUCAACUUUAAUUAAUUAACAAAGACUACAUAAAGUGUAUUUGAAAUAUGUGAACAUGCUAUCAAUACAUUGGCCUUUCCAGACUCUGUGAAAAAUGUUCACAGUAUAAAAAUUACUAAUAAAAAGAAAGAAAACUUGUCUAUGGCAUUUUAAUCAUUUUUUGUAGCUUUGCCAUGGUUCACAAUCUUAUUAUCAUGUGGGCAGGGUAGAGCUUCAUAAACAAUGAAACCAUUGUUUCUAAUUCAAUGCAAUUAAAUGCCUAUUCUUAGAAUGCCACAAUUACAACAAUAACAAAGAAAUGAAACUUUUUUUCACUGUGUUAAAGUGUGUGUAUAUAUAUAGAGCAUUUUAUCUUAAAUAGCUGAAGAACAAAUGUGUCAUAACUAGAAUAAUGAUGCUGCAGGAGAGUGUAUUUGUAUGGUUAAAGUGAAUUCAUGUUAUUCAGGUUAACUUGAACUUCCGUUAAUGAAAAAUAAAAUUCACAUAUGGUAUUUUAAAUAUAAUACCAGAAAAACAUGAACUGAUUAGGUAACACUGGUCUUCCAGGACACAAUUGCCUUAUUAUAUGUGCUAAUUGGAUUAGCUGUUCAGUCAUAUUCAUUAAAAUUCUUUUUGGGACUUAACAGUGUGUGUGCUUUCCCGUUAAAAGGCCCCUUAAAAGAAAGCCUCUUAUGAACAUACUAUGGGAUAUCAAGACAGACUAGAUAGUCAAACGGUGAUGCAUUAUCAAACUGCAAAGUUUUGUUAAAAACACUUUUGUCAAAAACAAAAUGGUGACUUUACCUGAGGGAUUCAGUGACUUUGACGUUUUCUCAAUAGGAUGUACUCUUUUUCUUGAAGGUUUGGUGGGAUUCUCUCUCAAUGCUCUCACAUUUGUUUCUUUCUUCAAAAUACGACAAUUACGAACCCCAAGUAACUUUCUAGUGUUUAGCCUGGCUAUGGCUGACAUUGGAAUUUGCAUAAAUGCAACUGUUGCAGCAUUCUCAAGCUUUUUGGGAUAUUGGCCAUAUGGUUCAGAGGGAUGUCAGACUCAUGGUUUUCAAGGAUUUUUAACUGCCCUUGCUAGCAUUAAUUUUAUUGCUGCAAUUGCUUGGGACAGGUACCAUCAAUACUGUACAAGAACAAAGUUACAAUGGAGUGAUGUAAUCACUCUGGUCGUGUUCAUCUGGUGUUUUACUGGAUUUUGGUCUGCCAUGCCAUUACUUGGAUGGGGAGAAUAUGCCUAUGAGCCCCUCAGAACAUGCUGUACUCUGGACUACUCCAAAGGUGACAGGAACUACGUCUCCUAUAUGCUCUCAAUGGCUAUUUGCAAUCUGUUUAUACAAACUGUCACUGUCAUGAGUUCUUACCAAUCAAUUGAAAGAAAAUUUAAGAAGACCAGCCAAUAUAAGUUUAAUCCUGACACUCCCGUGAAGACAUUGUUGUUUUGCUGGGCUCCAUAUGCAGUGCUGUCCUUAUAUGCUGCUUUUGAAGAUGCCACUCUUGUGUCACCUAGGCUGAGAAUGGUGCCUCCUCUUCUAGCAAAAACAUCCCCUACAUUCAAUGCCUACUUGUAUGCCUUUGGAAAUGAACACUAUAGGCGGGGGAUCUGGCAGUUUCUUACUGGACAUAAGAAUGAAAACCAUUAAUGUUAUGACUGCAAAUAAAGUAAAUUUUUUACUUUUCAAUUUUCACUUAAGUAUAUUUGGCAUAUUUAUCAUUUGUAUUCAUAACACACAGUGUGGCACUGAUUAAUCAUUAAAAAAAAUAGAGGAUAUUCAUUUAUGUAUUGCCUGAAAUCUAGUUGACUAUUGUGGUUGUGAUUUAGCUGAAUUAUUUUUAGAAUGGUCAAACUCCUAAUCACAUCUUUAUAUCUUGUGGCAGAUGUGCCAUACCAGAUUAAGUGUAUUCUUAUGUUCUCUCACUGUGGCAUUAGAACCAUGUAUCAUGCAUGUUAUUUUACACACUACGUACAUGGCCUUGCCAUAUUGAGCUAUAAUGGAUUAAAAGGAGCCCAUAAGACAUAAUAUUGAGAUAAACGUGGCAUUAACGGCUUGUCUUGAAUACUUACUUAACCAACUAUCUGAGUGUAGGUGAAACGAUUUAAGAGGCCUUAUGCAAUUAGCUUGGAUGUACUAAAGUUUCACUUAGUCUCAAGUCUGUAAUUUCAAUAUGGUCUGUCUAACCUGUUUUUCAUUAUACGUGUAUGCUAUUGUUCAAAUAAAAGGGGAUAAAGUAAUAUAAAUAUGAAACUCCUUUGAAUGGUUUUAAGAAAAUAACACAGGGGUACUCAUUUACAUAUUUUAAGGUCAACAGAGAUGAUACCGAUUCUCCGAACAUAUAUAUAUGCCUAUUUUCUAACCACUUUUCCUGGUCAGGACCACAAGAAACUUUACACUAAUUUUUUUCAAUUUCACAUUUGCCAUAGGGGCUGUAUGAAUAUACCACACACAUUUUACUUUUUUGUC